AUGCCACGAAAAAAGAACGAACAAACAUUAGACUCCAAAUUCAAAGUCAUAGAUGGCCGACGAUAUCAGGCAUUAGACGACUCAAACUAUUUUCUGCCAAAUGAUGAAAAUGAAGAAGAGAGAUUAGAUGUGCAACACAUUGUCAUGAAACAAGCCUUCGAUGGGAAUUUUUCAGCACCUGUUGACCAGCUAUUGAGGAAGGGGGCAAGGGUACUUGAUGUCUGUUGCGGUUCAUGUGUUUGGACAUUAGAACUAGCCAAAGAAUACCCCAACUCCUACUUUAUCGGCAUAGACAUUGCACCUGUAGUCCUUCCGGUCGAAAAGCCUAGUAACCUCGAGUUUGUAGAAUAUAAUGUCCUUGACGGACUUCCGUUUGAUGACAACUCGUUCGAUUACGUAUUUGCCAGAUACUGUCUCGCAGUAUACACAAGGUCGCAAUGGACUAAGCUUGCUAUUCCCGAAUACACGAGAAUUACCAAGCCAGGCGGAUGGGUAGAGAUGAUGGAGAUUGAUUUGAUAAGAGGAGGUGACAAAUGCGAGAACGUUACACGUCUGAAUAAUGCAUGGAUUGCUCUGGCUGAAUCAAAAAACUUUGUUGUGAUCCCUGCCUUUGAAAUCCGAGGCUUUCUUGAACAGUCUGGUUGUUAUACAAACAUCGAUCACAAGGAAGUACCUGUUCCGGUAGGGCCAAAGGGAGACAAGUACGCUGAAAUGGCAAUACGAAACUUUCGAGAUCUCUGGAGUGGACUGAAAUAUCCCUAUGUGGCAGUAAUGCAGAUAACUGGAGAACACUAUGAUGCUAUUCUCGAAUCAGCAAUCAAGGAAUUAAUAGAAUAUGGUAUCUUUUGGAAAAAUGUCAGGGCAUGGGGUCAGAAGAAGGAUUAUACUAGGUCGACAACCGAAUCACAAGAUAAACCUAUACUUACCGAACUCAUAUACGGCAGAACGCGUAUAUUCACAGCACUGGCGCCCGCCUCAACUCACUCGCCAACUAGUUCAAAGUCCACGCCACAAGCUUCUUCGUCUCCAUUGCUCUGGCAAUGGGAACCGCAAAAGUCUAAUUCUGGUGUUCCAGAAGUGCGGAGUCCUGUUUCAAGUUUCAUUGGGAGUAUUAAGCAGAGCUUGAGUGCAAUGUUUCUGCCAGUAGGCUAUCCAGAGACAGUCCACGAAUGUUACGCUAAAUUUCAUAUAUGGCUUGCUGCAGAAACAUUCAUUGGAUCAUCUACAGGGGUUCUGUGUAGUCAAGCUAUGCUUUCUUCUCUUGGUUUGGGUCAAGCCGAAGCAGCAGCAGGGGCAGUCGCCAUACAGUGGGUUCUUAAGGAUGGCUUUGGAGAAAUAGGGAAAUUGUUCUUUAUCAAACGAUUUGCUUACUCGUUUGAUUCACACCCAAAGACUUGGAGAAUGAUCAGUGAAACGUUUGCCGUUGUGGGCUAUUUUUUGCAAUUAUGCACAUGCAUAGCAAAACCCUCGCUUUUUUUACCCUUGGCUUCUCUUGGUAACGCUUUUGAAAGUAUUCAAUACAGUAUAUUUGGAGCUACUCAUAUGGCCUUUACAAGAAACUUUGCAUUGUCUGGCAAUAUCGGCGACAUAGUAGCAAAGGACGACGCGCAGAUGUCUUUUGCUCAUCUGUUAGGAAUGUUAUGUGGCGUAGGGCUGAUCACGAUAUCGCAUGACCCCGCCUUUUUGUUUUCGUGCUUUGCUGUCUUGGUGCCAGCCAACUUGUACGCGACAUUGUCACUCUUGAAGGCUGCUCAAUUUGAAAUUCUCAAUCAGGCUAAAUUAAGUCUGAUUGCAAAGCAAUACAUUGACACGGGUGAAGUUCCUACCAUGGAUGAAUUGAAGGAUAGGGAAAUUGGAUUUGGUGAAUGGAUUAAGCCAGGAAAGAGUCCCAUUGGUGUCAAAGUGCGUUUGGGAGGGCCAGCAUCGGAUGCUUUUCGCAGAAGCGGGGAUAUACAACGGUCUCUAAGCGUACUCUCGAACGAAAAUUAUCUGUUUAAUUAUCAUCAGAAGCGUAAUGUUAUUGACAUUUUAUAUCAUUCGGAUGCUGAGUCAAAUGAUAUCAUCAAGUCGGUUUUGCAUGUAUUGAAAUUUUAUGAUUCUUUGGCAGCAAAAGUUCUCGCUAACAAGGAAAAGAUAGAUGAUGAGCGUUUUGUCAAGUUGGUACAUGAAAGUCAUGGUUGGACCAACGAAAAUUUCGGGAAAUUUGUAGCCGAUUUGGAUGACAAGGAUUGGCAGAGCGACGUAGUAUUCUGGAAAGACAGGUAG